AUGGCUCUCAAGACGCUCUCCGCGAAAGCCGCAGCUGCCUUGGAUAAGGAGCUCAUGAGUACCGGCGCGUUCUCCAUUGAUCAACUGAUGGAACUCGCUGGCCUCUCUGUCUCGCAGGCGGUCUAUCGUGUUCAUCCGCCAAGCAGAGGUCGUAGAAUUCUAGUUGCUUGUGGUCCCGGCAACAAUGGUGGUGAUGGCCUCGUCGCUGCCCGUCAUUUACGCCACUAUGGCUACCAGCCCACCAUAUAUUACCCGAAGCGGAGUAAGAAUGAUUUGUACGAGCGACUGGUGAAGCAACUCGAAGACCUCGAAAUCCCUUUUGCCGACGACUUUCCGUCUGCCCUGAAGUCCGCCGAUCACAUCGUGGACGCCAUUUUCGGGUUCAGCUUCUCCGGUGAGGUUCGGGAGCCGUUUCCUGCCGUGAUCCAGGCUCUCGGGGAGACGAAACUCCCUGUGACGGCUGUUGACGCUCCUUCAUCCUGGAAUAUCGAAGAGGGGCCGCCAAAGUCCGGCGUUGGGAGCGCCUUCAACCCUGAUGUCCUGGUCAGCCUGACGGCCCCGAAACCCCUGGUUAAGCACUUCAAGGGGCGACACUUUAUCGGCGGAAGAUUCGUCAGUCCAACGAUUGCGAAAAAGUACGACUUUGAGCUUCCAGAGUAUGAGGGGAUCGAUCAGGUCGUCGAGGUAGGAGCUGGCGGACAGAAGCUCUGAGGCCACUGGGGAGGCCACGGGCUCCGGGCCAGGUGCCGGUUCAAACUGGCCACCGCCGAGCACAAGCAUCAGAUAACGGCACAGCCUCCUGUACGACUGUUUGGGCACACGGGACUCGGACAGGAGCCCUCGUUCAUGUCGAUCGUGUCGCACACUCUCCCGCCUGGGCAGGCUAGUAGUGGGGGGUGAUAUUCAGAGCAGAACUCGACAAAA